AGUCAAAUACUAACCGAAAAUAAUUGUAAUGUUUUCAAGUGUUACUCUUCAGAUGUAGGUGUAUUUACUGAAAAACAUGGCAUAUUGUCGGCACAGUGAAAAUGUUUUUAACGACGUUAUCGACCAUUUGGGAUUGGCAGUGUCUCAAUUACGAGAUGGCGAAUCAGAUCAUGCUGAGAACACCUAUUAUACUAAAGAUGAAUACUGGAAUCAAAUAAGAAAUAUUAGCUUAUCACUUUCCCAUGAUGUGACUCUUAUCUCUAUGGCAUUUUCUAAGACACCCUAUCCAACACCAGAAGCUGUAACAAAAAUGUUAAGUAAAUUAGAGAUGACAGCACUAACGCUUGUAUCCAGUUUCUAUAUGCUCCCAAAAACACAAGGUUUGUUGCUGAGGGAUUCUUUUAAAAAGUCCACAAUUGAGCUAAUCGAAAAGGUUAACACAUUUAUCAAAUCCAUCCAGACAGGUAGUGCCAGUUCCCCAGAGAUGCUGUACAAAACAGGAAUAGUGUGGGAGCAUUCUGACUUUUUCAGUUCUCAGCCAAAAGAUAAUAAACAAGCCAUUGUAGAUCUAAUGAGAGUAUCAAUGGGUCUUAUUGCUGAUGCUUUACAAGAGUUAGAACAGGGCGUGACUGAAAACGGUCAGUUUGAUGAUAUUGAUGACAUCAUGGUUGGUGACCAUUGCAAUGAAGAUGAAUGGAGUGAAGAGGACAAGACCUUACUGGGACCCAGUCAGGGUCUCAUUAAGGUUGCUAAUCAUGUGCUCAAGGAAGCACUAAAGACCACUAUGAAAAAUGGUAAAUGUGACACAGCCAAGCAGAUUAGCCAGUAUGAUGACCUGGCAGACCAUGUUAAGAAGUUGAGUCCAGCAGUUGACCAACUGGGUAUAGCUCUUUAUCCACCAAUGGGACAUCGUUUUGUUCGAGCUUAUUCUGAACACUUGGCUGAAAUUUUGAGGAACUUUUUGAACUGUCUCAGAUCAUCACAUGUGACUGAUGAAGAUGAUGAGCAGUGGUUGGAAUUCUUAUUAAAGGCUGUUGAGCAUAAUACAGAGAAAAUUCAUGGUCUCACGGACUGACACUAAUAGUAUUCUUGUAUAUACACUUCUGAAGAACUGUAAAUAAAAGUUUUUUUGUAAAGUGAA